GAUGACAAUGGAGAAUAGUGUCUGUCAGUUUGGCUGUGAGUAUUGUGUGUAAAACAUUGUCUAUAUAGCUAGUUAAUGUUAUGUGUGGCCUAAACCUGGGCUGGGUUUAAAUUGUGUUCAGAUUAGACUGCUGUAUAUGUCUCAGUGUAUGUAAGUGUGUAUUCCUGUCUGUAUUAGGGAGUGCAUGCAGGAGGGUUAAUGAUGUUAGAAGUUGUUAUGGUAGAAGGGAGGCAUAAAGAACACAAAUCCUAAAUCUUACAUAUUUACUCCAAGGAAAUGUGUAUUCCCCCAGUGGGGCUAUAUCUAAAAAGCUACAGACUUUAGUUUCUAUUGACCUCCUACAGUCUCUAUAAAAAUACAGUGGACAUGCACUGUGCGUGCUUUAGGGGUCUAGAGUGUCUGUAUAUUCCAACAUUUGGUGACUGACACCCUAUUGCAUACCUCCCAAGUGUCCCUAUUUAGGAGGGACAGUCCCUCUUUCUAUGAGCUCCAUAUUGUUAGUGUACAUUUUAGUUCUAUAAAUGGUUAUUAGUACUUCACAGGCCUGGCCACACCCCGUAACAUUAAAGCUACCCGCUGUCCAUAUGGGAGGUCAGCACUAUGAUUGGGGGAAGGUAACCUUCAGCACUCCAGGUGUUAUGGAGAACAUCUCCACUGGGGCUCUGCAUUGCGGAGAAUGUAGUGCGGAUGUUUGCCUACCCCUGUACUAGGUUAUCGCGGCAGUCAGGAUGCUUAGAGAAUAACUGUCUUUCUUUCUUCUUCCUGAUUACAGCUGCUACUGCCCUCUGGAGGAUGCCCUGGAUCCUGCUUCUCUCUGUAUUCUGCUCCUAUGAAUUUGCAUUUGCCUGUGUUCCGCUGCUAAAUGGUAAACUGAUCUGUUCUCGUCUGGCUGGGUUGCUGUAAGGCUCUCUGGGUGAAUGGGACUAUAGUAUCUUUCGCUCACAUUCCUCAUUUACAGGCCUUGUAUUUGCAAUGAAUGGACUUCAUUAAUUGCCCCCUAAUGCAUGGGGCAGGUAUAGUUUGCUGCGGAAGGCCUUAUCCUAUGCCUAGUUGGUCCUACAUUCGCCCUAAUUUUAGACUUGGUUAUGCAAUGUUCUAACUACACUAUCUGUGGAUGUUUCACUUUCUGUAGCUUUUAGAAUGAAAUCCCCUUAUUUCAUAUUUAUGGUUUUCAGAGCGGAACGUGGCACUAAAUCAUCCAGUCUGCCAGAGCUCGGUAUUUUCAGGUGGGAGACCCCGACUUGCCGUGGACGGGAAUAUGGACGCAAACUACGAAUCUAGAUCCUGCACGCACACAGAUCUGGACUAUUCGCCCUGGUGGAGGCUCAACCUGACAGAAAGCUAUAAAAUCAGCGCUGUUUUUGUGCUUAACCGGAAAGACUGCUGCAGAGAGCGGCUAUAUGGAGCAGAGAUCUAUGUAGGAGACUCUGACGACUACAAAAAAAACAUUUUGUGAGUAGUUUGGACAGAAUUUGCCACACCAUGAAAUGUCUGGGAAUUCAUGUGGGUUCAGUAAAUUCUAGGCUGAAAUAGAUGAACUGGUAACGUUGUCCUAUCACUGGUGGAAGGUUAAUUAUAUUGAUAAGCUACUCCAGUUCUUCCUCAUUCUGUCCGGGUUAUUCACUAAACUGAAUUGAAAUGUCAAUUCAAACUUUAAUCCAAAACUGGGAAUUCUCUAAACCUGCUCGUUUUGCUUCAUGCUCUCGGUUACUUCAGUCUUAAAUUUGGAAAUUGCUUUGCGUUUACUUAACAUUGCUCGUAAUUUCACUGUUUAGUAAAUGUUCCAAUCCUGCUUCCUGUCGUCGUAAGGUUCUCUUGGUCCUGGGGUGGAAUACAAAACUGGGGGUCAAUGUGUACAAUAUCUUAGCCCCUCCACAGAUCUGACACCAUAGGGUGCUAUUCUGUGAGAUUUUUCUCAAAACCUCUGGAUUUGUAAUCCUGGCAUGUCAGGGUUAUUAACUGAAAUCCAAAUGGGAAAAUUAAAGUUUAUCUUGGCAUAUUCUCCAACUCUGCUUUACUUAAAAACUGGAUCUUUCUACCAUUUGGAUUUAAUAACACUGCAUUUUUGCCUGUGGUGGCAUUUUAAUCUAAUCUUAGAGGACAAAGCUCUUCGUAGUUUAUACAAUGUUCCUCCAGAAACCAUUUUUGUUUGACAUUCUUCUUUGUCUCCAACAGAUGCGGCAAAAUACCUGCUAGUGACAUUCCCUCAGUGAAAAUUUGCUGUGACGGACUAGAGGGACAGUAUGUCACCAUUAUACUCACUAAUCGCAAGCAGCAUCUGACUCUGUGCGAGGUUGAGGUAUAUGGGGUUCCUGCUAAUCGUGGAUCUGUGUGUGAUAACCUUGUCUAAUGAAUCAAUAAAGUUCUGAAAUCGACAA